GUUGCUGUCCGCCCGUCGUAGGAUAUGUCUUACAACGCUGUAAAGGAGGAGCGCUGCCAAACCUUUGGCCGCAAGAAGAACGCUGUUGCCGUCGCCCUUGUCUCUACUGGCAAGGGUAUGAUCCGUGUCAAUGGUAUGCCCUUGGAUCAGGUGAACCCUCCUACCCUUCGUGUGAAGGCUAUGGAGCCCAUCCUCCUCCUCGGUGCUGAUCGCUUCCAGAACAUAGACGUCCGUGUCCGCGUUCGUGGUGGUGGUUACACUUCCCAGAUCUACGCCAUCCGUCAGGCCAUCGCCAAGGGAAUCGUCUCUUACUACCAGAAGUACAUCGAUGAGGUUUCCAAGAACGAGAUCCGUGACAUCCUGAUCGCCUAUGACCGUUCCCUCCUCGUUGCUGAUCCCCGUCGUUGCGAGCCCAAGAAGUUCGGUGGCCAUUCCGCCCGCGCACGCUUCCAGAAAUCCUAUCGAUAAAUGCUCUACCUGCUUUGUUGCCUUUGCUACUGUACAUAGUAGUUAUUGUUGCAUCUGUUGGUUAACAUUUUCGAAGGUGACUGUGAAUGCUAGCUGGUUCGAUGGUACCCACGACGUUUAACAGCAGCAGUUACGACCGGAC